UUUCAUAUCUGGCAACUUUAAAAUUAAAUGUCGUUUUCCCUUGUCACAUCUGCAUCCCAAGCUACCAUUUAUACAAAAACAAAAUAAAACAUUAAAUAAUGGCCGAUAAACCCCCAGAGGAGGGUUAUAUAUCGGUUGUGGACGAAGAACCAGAGAUAUUUGAGCUUCUAAAAUGGGAUUCUUCUCACACACAAAAGCAGCAGGAGCCGAGGCCCGUAGAGAAAGCAAAGAGUCCCGAAAAAAGGAUUCCAAAAGGUCGUGAGGAGUGUGACCCCUUCGACUUGGCUGAUCCCGCGUUUAUAGAGUCGUACAGACUGUCGAAGGAGCUGGCUAGGAAUCUAUGUGAAGAGCUAAAGCCUGUGAUGCCAGAUUCAACAAAAUCUAUCGAGUUUUCAGUAGAGAGCAAGGUCAUGGCAGCUCUAUCAUUCUAUGCUACAGGAAAGUACCAGAAGUCUAUAGGGGGUAAAACUGACCCCAGCAUCACACAGUACUUUGUUAGCACCGCAGUACAGCAAGUCACCGAGGCAAUGAACCAUCCCACAAUUGUGAAAAAAUAUAUACAUUUUCCACAUUUGAGAAAUGAGAGGGAUAUUAUCAAAGCCAGGUUUUACGUGAAAUACGGCAUGCCGAAUGUGGUCGGCUGUAUAGACUGUACACACGUGCCCAUCGCGCGGCCCGACGACGAUCAGAAGAGUCACUUCAACAAGUCCUACCACUCGAAAAAAGUGCAAGUUAUAUGCGACAGUGAUCUAAACAUACUGAGUGUGGACGCGAGCGCGGGCGGAUCUCUGUCCAACGAUGCUAUAUUGAACCGACACGCCGUACGCAUCGACCUCGAGAGCCUCAACCACUCUGGAGAGCAGUGCUGGCUCAUUGGUGGUCCAUACUACACACAGAAACGUUUCAUCAUGACCCCCAUACCGAAAAUAACCAAGAAAUCUCCAGUCUCCCCUGGCAAAUAUUACACAAACAUGCACAGUCAAACACUCACUGCGGCCACAGAUACUAUAAAGCACCUGAAGAGCAGAUGGAAAUGUUUACAAGCCACAUGUAACAAGCAAUUCGAUCCACCAUCCGUCACUACGAUCAUUGUAGCUUGCUGUGUACUCCAUAACAUUUGUAACAGGUACGGACUCCCAGUUAUACCCAUGACACAGACCGAAGAACGUUUAGAAGCUAUGAAACAGAAGGUUGCCAGUGGACCAAUACCUCGGAAGCAAGUAGACGACCAGAACGGGCUGCAAGCGAGGAACGGUUUAGUUGAAAGGUUAUGGAACGAACGUAGAGUGCUGCCAGAAAGUACACCGCCUAAGAAACGAAUGUCGAAGAAGGACAGGUUAUUGGAGGGUUACAAUAAUACUGCCCAAGCUCAGCCGAGCACACAGCAGCAUCAUCAGCCCCAAGAUAUCAAUAUCAGUAGGAGUCAACACGACGACCCUAGUAAGAGGCCAAGACUAAUCUCAAUGCCUUGCAAUCCCACUUACAACCUCGGGAUGCCAGGGAUGGCCCCUACUUGGGCACAUUAUCCCCAACAGUAGUGUUAUAAGACAGGACUCUAUUAGUGAAUAAGUGAAAGUGAUUUAAUUAACAAUAAACAACUCCACUCUGUUUUAGAAAGUAACUUUAAAAAAUCUACAGCUUAAUUGUGUAACUCAGCUAAUAGGUUUCAUUUAAAACUGAUUAAAAUCUAAUUUUGCAGUCAUGUGUAGUUCGUGACUGAACUAGUCCGUUAUAAGCGAUCUUUGACUCUUUAAAAUACCAUGUAUAGGCUACCUCAGUUCUAAAUUAACGCAACUCACUCAGGUAACUCAAAAUGGUUUUUAUUUCGUAGUAGCGAUUAAUAGUGUCGAACAAAUCGUGUUCAAAACCUCUGGUUGCUCGAGGUUAGCGGUGGCAGCUGAAGAGAUGCGAACUGAACUGAGAGUGCCCGAAAGAUCGCAAUGUGCAAGACUACCGAGUUUUUAACUUUUUUAUCGAUCGUUUAAUAUAUUAAGUUAAUCAGAUCAGACUUAAAUGCUUCAUUUACUAUAAAAUUAUUCGUGUUUAUUACUGUUCGACACACUAAAAACCUAUAAUUUUCAAUAUAAAGAUUAAUAAAUCCAAUGUAAAAAUUGAAAAAUGUUGGUGCCCGAGUGUUAUAAAUACAUGAUCUAAAUAUAUUUUGAAAUUUACUCAUGUUAAUUGUAAUUAUAAUUUCCUUGUUUGUGCUGUAACAUCUUGAAAACAAAGAAGAAACUUCUCAAAUCAAAUUUACAUUGUAACAUUGUUAGAAUUGCUUGUAUUUAUUUAUUUUAUAUAUGUAUACACAUGGAAUGUUUGUUUUUUAAAUACGACGAGAAUGUAUUUUAUCUUUAGAAAUCGCAAUAAAUAAAUUAUUAAAGUACACACAUUUUUAAUAAUAUUAUAAUAUAAAUUGUAAAUUAUAUUACGCUUUCUGUCUGAAAAGUCUGAACUCAUUAAGUAUAUGACACAGUUUGCUAAUAAGUCGUUUGUAAAAGAUUUAAAUGAAUAUUAUACAGACAUGGUAUUUCAAUCCACACGGCCUUGGUGGUCUAGCGGUUUAGUACAGCUGUACUCUCCAAUGGUCCUGAGUUCGAUAUCUCGCACGGUGCAAAUAUUUGUCUUACGAGUAUCCGAGUGUUUUCUAUACAUAUUAUGUAUUUAUUUAAAAAAAAUCUAUUUAUAUAAGUGGUCUAGUACCUAUAAUAAAAACUCUGCUUAACUUGGGACUAGAUGGCCCUGUGUGGAUUACUCAGCGUUAACUUAUAAAUGCAAUAUUUAAUUUUGCUUUUAUUCAUUCUUGCAUAAAAUAAAGAGCAUGUAUAAUAUAAUAUAAUCAUUACAGAAUCGUAAUGAUCAAUUUACUAUAAUUAUUAGUCAAUAAUAAAUUUUGAUUUGUUAUUAAUAAAUUGAAAUCAUUUUUAUUUCUCGAAUUGUGACCGGUGCGUUUUUAAGAGAUGUGUUUAGUAUUAAAACUAUUAAAUAUGUACCUAUACCUACUUUAUUCAAUAAUACAGGAUGUUAAAUCUCA